AUGGGCAAGAAGGCAAACUUUGAGCGUGCACACCAGCGUCAGGUGCAACACACACGAGAACAGCGCAAGCGGAAGGUUGCUGCUGCCAGGGCGUUGCGAAUUGGCGAGGAUACCAAUGGGAGACGCAUUCAGCGCAAUUCUCUGCCCAGGGUCCGUCUGUCCGAUGAAAAGAAGGCGAUGCUCGUGGAACAGUUCACGCAGGCGUGUCGGCUUCCCGCCACUUCUGAGGAUCUUUGUAUGCUGCUGCGUUCGGCGUGUGGGGAAAAAACCCAAGACGAUGCUUCUCGCAAGCGACGGCGCGAGGAAACGACGAUGGAUGGAUCCAAUUUGGGCACCAUUGUGGAUGCAUUUCUGCAAUUGGGCCAUCAGGCCGCCAUCACGACGGAUGAAAGUGAUGAAGAUGAGCCCAUGACUCUACUCGAGGAUGUCCUUCAAGAUGAGUGUGGGGGCCGUGUGGUGUGUGCCUUGAUAGCCGCCCUGGACACCUCCAAAAAUGACAAGAAGCCAAUGGUGCUAGAUGCCGUGACCAAACUGUUCGAGGAGAAUGAGACCCUCCAUGAACAUUAUGUCGCUUGUAAAGUGAUGAGUUCGCUGGUUCAAUAUGGCGACCGUGAGGUACAAGAAAGAGUUCUCCAUGUGUUGCAGCAACAUGCCAAAACAGUGGAUCAGCUGCAGGCGCAACUCCGCAAUCGUCACUCGGCUGUAACGAUCCAACAUCUCAUUGAGCAUUUCCCCAACGAGACUUUGGCGUGGUUGGGUGAAACACUCGGUGUCACGGAGCUUUUGGCUGGAAAAAAAGUGGCAAAAAAGAAGAGGAUGAAUAAAACGAACCAUGACGAAUGCGACCGCCGCGGUACUCUGCUUCUGUUGAUACUGGAUCCCGUGGCUUCUCCAAUUAUUCGAGCGCUUAUUUCUCGCUCUGUCAACACUUCCGCCUUCUUGGAGAAUAUGGAUCUUGUAAUGCUUCUUGAGACAAAAAGGGGUUGUAAGUUCUUGCAGGAUAUUUUGUCCCCUGCGUUGCCGAAGUGGAAUUCUGAGGGGGAGGCGACUGUGACCUUGGAUGUCGUCAUGAAAUCCUGUGAGACCAAGCUUCUUGAGAUGUGCACAUCCAUUGAUGCCAACUUUGUUGUGCAGGCUAUCAUUGGCCUUAUUCCGCGUACAGAGAAGGCGUCGACGGAUAGAUAUUUUAAACAGCUUUUGAAAGUAUUGGGACCCCAUCUUUCUUCUUUGGCGACACAUUACAUUGGUGUGCAUGUGGUAGUGGCACUUGUCGUCUCGUCUCACUUGACUCCUAUGGGAGACAUGGUGGAGGAAAUUGCGGGGACAAUAAUAACAGGAAAUAAUGUGGCUGAUAUGCUUUGUGACUCCAAUGGUAGUUUGGUUGUACGGAAGCUUCUGCCAUGGUGUACAAGAAAAGGAUCUAAAGUGGGACAGAUGCUUCUUAAAGCCAUUAAUCAAGACAUGAGUUCCUUGAUGUAUGAUGCCAUUGGAAAUUUAACGCUACAAGAAUAUAUUAAGGUUUGUGGGGGAGAGGAAAUUGCUCGCAAGCUGUGCAAGAGUGAUGAGCUUCUGAGUAUGUGUCAGCAUACGUACGCAUCUCAUGUUGUCGGAUCUCUUUUUGAAAAUGUGGGAGCGACGACGCAUACAAAUCUCUGUCAUGCACUUCGGCCACAUGUUUUGACAUUGUCCAGGCAUUUGAAUGGACGUUUCAUUGUUGAGAAGGCAAUUCAUGCAAAUCGUGACAUCUGCGAUCUUCUCCUUCGUCAUUUUAUGGAACUGGCGUGUGAAAAGGGGACACAGCAUGUGUUGUGUACGUUGAUGUUGAAUUCGGACCAACGUGGCAAGGAGUGGGUUGUGAAUACGGUUAUAUCUGGCCUCGUCGAUCUUGCCACGCAGCAGUGUGGCUCCAUUGUGCUGCAAAAACUGAUGUUGGCUGAUGCGCUGCUGCUCGCUGCCGUGAAGAAGGAGCUGGCGCAGAAGCCGCGACUGCGAAACAAUCUCGCUCAGAACUUUUUUGGCAAGUUUGUGGUGCAAAUAACUGAUGCUGCGGGUGAGCAAGGUUCCCCUCUUUUCCCGAAGGCUUAA